UCUUAUAACAAAAAAUUGAGACGAUAAGAAAGUUUCUAAACCUCUGAAAAAAGAAAAGAAAUGACUGCUAAUACCAGUGCAUUAACAACACAAGACUCUUACGAAACUAAGGAAAUGUACUGCGAAGAAUGUGAAAAACAUGGUGAUGGCUAUACACCUGCUGUAGCUUUUUGUGUAGAUUGUGUGGAAUAUAAAUGUGUGACCUGUCGUAAAUAUCAUAAGAGACAAUCAAAAACUCACAAAAUUCAAAAUUAUGACAGCAUGCCACAAGAUUUCUAUUUCGAAAAGUGUUCAACUCAUACUCGACAACUGAUCAAGUUUUACUGUUCUGUGUGUAGCAAAGAAGCCUGCCAAGAAUGCAAGGAUAAUGAACAUGUUAAAUGUAGUGACGUGAACCAUUUACCAAUCCUUGCUUCAGGCAUACAAAACAGUAAUGACUUAAAAGAUCUUCAACAGAACUUGGACAAAUUGUAUACCGACAUAAAAUACAUAGAAAAACUGUUGGAAGCCAAAAGUGAAGUGGUAGAUAAACAAGAGGAAAAGGCAAUUGAAGCAUGCAAGGAUCACGUAGAUAAACUGAAAGAAGCCUUCAAACAGCAUCAUCAAGAUGUGAUUCAUGCUUUAGAUAAGAAGAUAGAAGAAACCAUUGCAAGAUUGAAGAAACAAAGGUUAGAACUAGUUCAAGAGUUAUCUGAAAAGGAGAGAAAAUUUAAAAACAAGAUAACAAAAGCUGAAACAGGUAUGAAAGAAGAAGUUGUUAGCUUAAACAAAGAAUUUAAGGUUCUCCGGUCAGAACAUUUUAAUUUGGUUGAAAAUUUGAAGGCUCUUACUGCUGAUCUAGAACAAGCCCAGAAAUUAGGUCAAAACUGUAUAUUGUUUAUUAAAUUAAAAAUUACUGAACAACUUUGUGAAAAUCUUCGUCAAAAUUUGGAUCAAAUUCAGCAAACCUGCAUACUGUACUUCAAACUAAAACCAUCCAAUAUUCAACCAACAGAACUAUCUCUAGAGAGUGAAACAAGAUUUUUCACAUUUAAAAAAGUGCAUGCAUCAGCUGUAGAAAGAAAAUUUGUCUUUAAUUUUGAUAUCAACUCUCCCACUGAUCACAUAUCUUCGUUACUUGUCUUAUCUGAACAUACACUUAUAAAAUUAUAUUGGACAAAAUGUUGUCUUGUCAUAUACAAACUAGAAAAGUCUCAAGCAAAAUAUAUAGAUGAUAUAAAAUUUAAUACAAGUCCAUGGCAUAUAACAAAAAUUUUAGAUAAUAAAGUUGCUGUAACAUUUCAAAAUGAAAGAAUGAUCAAAAUCAUAACAUUUUCAAAAUACAUUAAAGUUUUAGAUAUUACUGAGAUACCAGGGAAUGGAUAUUGUACUGGUAUUGCCUACAUUAUGAAUCAACAUCUUGUAGUUUCUUAUUGGAAUCCAGCUAGUAUUAAGAUUCUAAGUAUGUCAGGUGAAAUAGUGAAAACUUUUGACAACCAGGAUUAUGGUCAGGAUAUGUUUAUAGAACCUUGGUAUAUAAUUGUCAGUCCUGACAAUCUGAUUUAUGUGUCUGAUUGGUACAAACACACUGUGACCUGUCUGACCAUUGAGGGUGAGGUGAAGGCUGUUUUCAUAAAUGAUCAACUGAAAAUACCUCGUCAACUUGCAGUAGAUGAAUAUGGAUCAAUUUAUGUUAGCGGAGCUAAAUUUAAAAAUAUCCAUCAACUAUCAAGUGACCUAACUGAAGUGCAGAUCUUGAGCAAUAAAAGUCAUGGAUUAAAUCAACCAGAGAGUGUUGCAUUCUGCCAAAAUACUAAAAGAUUGUUUGUAGGAAUGCCAAACAAAAUUAAAGUUUUCCAAGUGUCACACGAAUAAAU